GUGCUUGGGGCCGGUGCGGAGCUGCCCGGCUGAGGGGCGCCUGGUCCGGGGUCCGCAGCGCCGCCGCGUCUCUCCCGGCGGCGGGCGGGCGGGAAGAUGCUGAGCAGGUUGAUGAGCGGCAGCAGCAGGAGCCUGGAGCGCGAGUACAGCUGCACCGUGCGGCUGCUGGACGACAGCGAGUACACCUGCACCAUCCAGAGAGAUGCCAAAGGCCAAUACCUGUUUGACCUUCUUUGCCACCACCUGAAUCUGCUUGAGAAAGACUACUUUGGGAUCCGCUUUGUGGACCCUGAUAAGCAGCGGCAUUGGUUGGAGUUUACAAAGUCUGUGGUGAAGCAGUUGAGAUCCCAGCCUCCAUUCACCAUGUGUUUCCGUGUGAAGUUUUACCCUGCAGACCCUGCUGCCCUGAAAGAAGAAAUAACCAGGUAUUUAGUCUUCCUGCAGAUCAAAAGGGAUCUGUACCACGGCCGCCUCCUCUGUAAAACAUCAGAUGCUGCCUUGUUAGCAGCUUAUAUCCUUCAAGCGGAGAUUGGGGAUUAUGACUCAGGAAAACACCCUGAAGGCUACAGCUCCAAGUUCCAGUUUUUCCCUAAACAUUCAGAGAAGCUGGAAAGGAAGAUUGCUGAGAUUCACAAAACAGAACUCAGUGGCCAAACACCAGCAACAUCAGAGCUGAACUUUUUAAGAAAAGCACAGACGUUGGAGACAUACGGAGUGGACCCUCACCCGUGUAAGGACGUGUCAGGAAAUGCUGCAUUUCUGGCCUUCACUCCUUUUGGGUUUGUUGUUCUGCAAGGAAACAAGAGGGUCCACUUCAUUAAAUGGAAUGAGGUGACCAAGCUGAAAUUUGAAGGGAAGACUUUUUAUUUGUACGUAAGUCAGAAAGAGGAAAAGAAAAUUAUUCUCACAUAUUUUGCUCCAACUCCAGAAGCCUGCAAGCACCUCUGGAAAUGUGGGAUAGAGAACCAAGCCUUCUACAAGCUGGAGAAGUCAAGCCAAGUCCGCACAGUGUCCAGCAGCAAUUUAUUCUUUAAAGGGAGCCGGUUCCGAUACAGUGGCCGAGUUGCAAAGGAAGUAAUGGAGUCCAGUGCCAAGAUCAAACGGGAGCCACCGGAAAUACACAGAGCAGGGAUGGUCCCCAGCCGCAGCUGUCCCUCCAUAACCCAUGGCCCAAGGCUGAGCAGCGUCCCCAGGACCCGGAGAAGAGCUGUUCACAUCUCCAUCAUGGAAGGCCUCGAGUCCCUACGGGACAGUGCCCACUCCACCCCGGUGCGUUCUUCCUCCCACGGGGACACUUUCCUGCCUCACGUGAGAAGCAGCCGGGCAGACAGCAAUGAGCGAGUCGCCGUGAUCGCGGACGAGGCCUACAGCCCUGCAGACAGCGUGCUGCCCACCCCUGUGGCCGAGCACAGCCUGGAGCUGAUGCUGCUUUCCCGGCAGAUCAAUGGGGCCACCUGCAGCAUUGAGGAGGAGAAGGAGUCUGAGGCCAGCACCCCAACUGCUGCAGAGAUGGAGGCCCUUGGGGGAGAGCUGAGGGCCCUGUGUCAGGGGCACGGCAGGCCAGAGGAGGAACAGAAAAAUAGAGCCUGACGCACUUAAACGAUACAAGGAAGAAACUGAUCCUGAGAAUGAAAAGCUUCAGAAAAUAGAAUUCCAAGAUCAACAAACAGCCUGGGAAGGGACCAGGAAAAGAAUCUCUUUAAAUAGGAGUUCUAAGAGAUGCCUACAAAAGAAGGUGAAUGUGGCAGAGACCAAGACUUAGAUGUAGAAAUACUGCCCCCUAGCGUCAUCCUCUGCACUGGGAAAAUGAAAGUUGUAGGAAAGCACUUGCCAUCCUUGCCGAGGGGAGCCGUGGAAGCAUGCAGAAGCGCAGCAUGUGGAGGGUGAGUGUGGGGUCCGAGGCCCGAGCUCUGCAACUCUUACAACCACUCACACACAAGAUCUUGUUUUCAUCUCAGGGAGAGAUUUCUAAGUCAUCUGGGGCCUGAGGACUUAUGUAAGGACAGUCAGUGGACAUAUUCCUGGGACCCACAUUAACAGUGGAGCAGCUACUGACACCCUAUGAUGCUGGGCAGCCCCAAAUGCAGAAGAAAAUGAGUCACGUGUAGAUCUGCUUUCCCCUAGUCUGUCCUCUGAGACGGCAGAACCAUGUCCACAUAUAGAAUCUAAUAGCCAUGGAAUAAACGGAGUUUUUCCUUUUUUAAGGUUGGGGGUGGUGCUGUGUUUCGAAAUUUUAAUUGCCCUUUUAUCUAGACCAGGGGUCGGCAAACUUCUUCUAUAAAGUGCCAGAUAGAUAGUAAAUAUUUUUUUAUUUAGGUUUUGUGGGCCAUACUCUUUGGCAACUACGCAACUCUGCCAUCUUAGCACAAAACAGCCAUAGGUAAUACAUAAACAAAGGAGCAAAGCUGUGUUCCAAUAACAUUUUUAUUUAUAAAAACAGACAGUGAGCUGAAUUUAGCCCACAGGCUAUAAUUUGCCAACCCCGAUCUAGACAAUAAAACUGCUCCUUACCAGUGUGUAAGCAGAAAGAGGGUCAGCUCUGCUCCAAUUCCUGACAUGUGUUAAAGAUCCGGGAUCAUUUCCCAGUAGAGGCACUGGGGUUGCUUGUUUAAAGGGUGCUCGAACAACCAACCAGCAAAGAGAUGUCUGAUGCCAAGAUGAGCAAGAUCAAGCGCUGGAAUGCUAAAACGCAGCCAGAAUCUAAGCAUGGAGGAGGGCCUGUCUGAUCAUUUCCAUACCAGCAACAAUUUGGGCAGAAUUACAAUCAUCUAAUUUCAAAGUGACAAGACAAAAACAGAGGGAGAUCCUAGUAAAGAUCAGGGAUCGCUUAGAACCAACUAGCCACUGCCACUUGUCAUCUACACAGGAAAGGCUUUAUUAGCACAGGAUUGGAGUAAAAAGUAGACUCAGAGAAGAAAAGGCUGUCAGGAAAUAGGGGGCUGGUUUUAACCUGGAUAUCUACUGUCUUAUGCAACAUAGCAGAUUACCUUUUAGUGUAGUGUUCCUACCUCAGUCUGUAGAAUAUGGUGUUUCUACGCAGUGAGUGAUAGCCUCGACUCUGACCUUUCAUAUUCACAUUAAAGACAGAUGCAGUAUUCCAUAUCCUGGUACGUACUUGUGUCUAGAGUUCUAACAGUACAAUAGUCCAUACCACUUCCUACAGCUGGAUUUUGCUCUCUGAACAGAGACUUUUGGGUUAUUUUUUUCCAGGGCUUAUCCCACAAAAUACAGAUAGAAAAGUUUCCUUCAAUUUGCUUUUCAAAUAGUGCUUGAAUAACAAACUUCCUUUGCUGGUGACUAGUCUUUUCUGGUAUCUCCCCAUCAUUAAAAAUUGUUCAAGUUUUUAACCUGAUUUUACUGUGUUCCACUAUGUCUCCUAUUUUCUCUCAAAAUUAGUUUUGAUCUCAUUGUAGAAAAAGCAGUGGUUUCCACAGCUUCACCUAUCAGAGGAAAUAAAACUCUUACUAAAGAAUAGUGUACUGCAUCUUUAAGCAGUAGAAGGUAAACUACCUGCAAAUGUGAAUUUCUUAGUUUCAUUAAAAAAAUAUAUAGUUGUUAACCUUUUGUGUGCCAAAAAUUCUAAGUUACAUUUUCCUUCAAAGCAAUGUACUUUUUUCUACAUAUGCAGUAUGUAGUUAGCAUAAAAUCAUUGGUGCCAUGAAAAUUAUUUUUAAACGUAAAUAAAUAUUUAAAUAUCAUAGAAGAGUGGACUCUUUUUUUUUUUAACUUACAGUCUAUCUCACUUUCUC